AUAGCCCUUUUGCUAGCGUUUCAUCAAUCAUCAAAACAAUACUUGUCUUCUUCUCCUGGAGAGCUCUACCAUUUUAUAACACUAGAAUUUGUAAACCCUAGUUUUGCUGUAACAGAAAGAUGGAUGAAGAGUAUGAUGUGAUUGUGCUUGGUACUGGUCUCAAGGAAUGUAUCCUCAGUGGUCUUCUCUCUGUUGAUGGUCUCAAGGUCCUGCACAUGGACAGAAAUGACUAUUAUGGAGGAGAAUCAACGUCUCUCAAUCUUGUCCAGCUCUGGAAGAGGUUCAGGGGAAGUGAUAAGCCUCCAGCUCAAUUGGGUUCUAGCAGGGACUAUAAUGUUGACAUGAUCCCUAAGUUCAUUAUGGCUAAUGGUGCUCUUGUACGAGUUCUAAUCCACACCGAUGUCACAAAAUACUUAUACUUCAAAGCUGUUGAUGGAAGCUUUGUGUAUAAUAAAGGAAAGGUCCACAAGGUGCCUGCCACUGAUAUGGAGGCACUUAAAUCUCCUUUAAUGGGCAUUUUUGAGAAACGCCGUGCUCGGAAGUUCUUCAUCUAUGUUCAGGAUUAUAAGGAGAGUGACCCAAAGACACAUGAGGGGAUGGAUCUAACAAGAGUGACAGCAAGAGAGCUUAUUGCAAAAUAUGGUCUUGAUGACAAUACUGUGGACUUCAUUGGUCAUGCAUUGGCAUUACACAGAGAUGACCGCUACUUAGACAAACCUGCGUUGGAUACAGUGAAGAGAAUGAAGUUGUAUGCUGAGUCUCUUGCACGUUUUCAAGGAGGAUCACCAUAUAUCUAUCCUUUAUAUGGAUUAGGAGAGCUUCCCCAGGCGUUUGCUCGACUUAGUGCUGUGUAUGGUGGGACCUAUAUGCUGAACAAACCUGAAUGCAAGGUAGAGUUUGAUGAAGAAGGAAAAGUCUGUGGUGUCACUUCAGAAGGAGAGACAGCUAAGUGCAAGAAAGUUGUAUGUGAUCCUUCUUACUUGAACAACAAGGUUAGAAAGGUUGGAAAAGUUGCAAGAGCUAUUGCAAUUAUGAGCCACCCAAUUCCAAAUACCAAUGAUUCACACUCAGUGCAAAUUAUUUUACCCCAAAAACAAUUGGGCCGUAAAUCUGAUCUGUACCUGUUCUGUUGUUCUUACACUCAUAAUGUUGCUCCAAAGGGCAAAUUUAUUGCAUUUGUCUCAACAGAGGCAGAAACUGAUAAUCCGGAGAGUGAGCUGAAGCCUGGCAUUGAUCUUCUAGGACAAGUGGAUGAGAUCUUCUUUGAAGCAUAUGACAGAUUUGAGCCUGUCAAUGAGCCCUCUUUAGAUAAUUGUUUUAUUUCUACUAGCUAUGAUGCUACAACUCACUUUGAGUCGACUGUUGAUGAUGUCCUCAAUAUGUAUACCUUGAUUACUGGAAAGGUUCUGGACCUCAAUGUGGAUCUAAGUGCUGCGAGUGCCGCUGAAGAAUGAGAUGGUCUCUGGUCCCUGUGUACUUCUAUGUACUUGUUCUUUGGUUUAUUACUUGUAUUGUUCUCUCUGCUGUGUUUUCUUAUAAAAAAUAUGCUUUGUAAUGCACGAUGAGAUAAUGUUUGUUGAAGUUGUUGAUAUGUGUACUGUGGGUUAUCUUGCA